AUGCCAUCAUCAGAUUCAGCAACUGUGACUGCUCUUGCUGCUACCGUUGGUUUUCAGUGUGGCAGUAAAUUUGCAAUUGAUAUCAUACUAGCUUUUAUUUUGACUGAAGAUGUAGAAAUUGCAACCAGCAUUUGGAUUUCCUUAAAUGAUCCCGAAAAGUCCAUGGCUGAAGUGGCUGAGGACCUAUGGGAUCAUUAUGACCAUGAAUUUGGGACUGAUUAUUCUGGACUCUUUAGUGCUCUUUCUCAUGAAUCUCUAGCGACUUUGUUCUCUCUCUAUAUCUGUGAUAGUAGUGUUGGUGAGGAUAUGAUUGAUUCUGGUUGGUUAGGGAGACAAGGGAGUGCAUUGGCUUUACAUGUUGCAGCUGAUGUACUUAGAACCAAAGACCUUCUGGUUGUUAUAACUUUCUUGAUAUCUCGAGCCUUGGGGCGUGUUCGGGUUUUGGCAUUUAUAGUGAAGCUAUUUUCUACUUCAAAUGCAGUUGCAUCUUUAACUAAACAUGUUAAGAAUGUAGCGGUUGGAACUUGGAAUGGCUUUUUGGUUGUUUCUUUAAAUGACAAGGAUCGUUCCUAUCAACAAGUUUUUGGAGCAUGA